AUGGUGAACUUCAAGAGAUGUCUAUAUGGUUCAGCCGCCAGGUUUUGUUCAUCCUCAAUUCCCAACUCAUAUUUGCAAGUUUCACAAAUCUUUUAUGGUCUUAAGCAAGCUCCACGAGCUUGGUAUAACAAGCUUCAUCAAUUUCUCAUCUCGGAAACUGCUCUUCAUUUAUUGACUCAUUUGUUCAAGCUCUGGAUCGUGCAUUCUACCGUAAGGGACCUUGGUCCACUACAUUACUUCCUUGGAAUUCAGGCGUGCCGCAAUAGUGAUGGUAUUUGGCUCUCUAAAUCUCAGUAUAUCCAGAGUAUCCUCACGAAAGCUGGUAUGAUUCACUGUAAGCCUCUAAGCUCACCCACGACCACAAGUGCAAAGCUUCACAAAGGUGACAGUUCCGACUUUGAUGAUCCAAGUCUUUAUCGUCAAGUUUUUGGUGCUCUUCCAUAUCUUACUUUAACAAGGCAGGACAUAACUUUUGUGGCAUCUAACCUUUAUUUACAAGCUCUUAUAGACUCCGAUCGAGCUGGUAGUAUUGAUGAUCGCAAGUCAACAGGUGGUUAUGCAAUAUACUUUGGCCCAAAUCUGAUAUCCUGGUCAUCCCGCAAGCAACGAAAAGUGGCACAUUCUUCUAUCGAGUCUGAGUACAAAGCAUUAGAUGAUGUUGCUGCAUAA